AUGAAAUACAACCUGGUUCUAACUCUGCUCAUCGCGGCUCUGUUGCGGGUCAGUGGCGAACCUCAAACUCUCUCCUCUCCCGCGAUGCUGUUAAACUCGACAUCCUCCUCCUCCUCAUCUUCAUCAUCCGUCGUCAGCGAACAUGAAGUGACUAACGUGACGGACGAUGCGGUGGGAUCCCGCAUCUCCUCUCUGAUGACGCAUCUGCCAACUCUGAAAAACAUUGUUAUAUUCAUCUGCGUGUUAACAGCUGCUCUCAUCACGUGUCUGGUCAUCAAAGUGGUCAGAUCAGGAAGACGGAUCAGAAAAACGAGAAAAUAUGAUAUCAUAACGACGCCUGCAGAACGUGUUGAGAUGGCCCCGCUUAAUGAGGAGAACGAUGACGAGGACGACUCAACGCUCUUUGAUAUCAAAUACAGGUGAAUCCCAGCGUGGACGUGCAUAUCUGAUAACUCCCGUUUUGCGCAGUACAACUCAAGUGGUUCCCUUUUAUUACAUUUUUUUCUGUGGUCAAGUCUAACCAAAAUCAUUCUUAAUAUGCUACUUGUGCAUGGCUUUAAUCUGUGUUUAAAAGGCUGGAGCCCCGUGGAUAUCAUUGUUUGCUGCUUGACUGAGGCCUCAGUCACGUUGCCCAGUUCUUUCCAAUAUUAGAGAUGAGGAUGUUUCCUCUAGUUACUUCAAUCAGGCUGUUGGGAGCCUGGAGGUCAGUCGUCUCCAUAACAAAUCGGCACAUGCUAAUUAAGCAUUUUAUUUUUACAUUGCCCCAAAGUUAAUGUCAUCUACAUCAUUUUUGUUGUGCUUAAACUAAAGUAUGAAGUCUGUUAGGCUGCAGUUUGUGUAGGAAUCAAUGCCUGCUUUGAUCCAUCUUUAUCAGAAUGCAGGGUUAAUCGAGGCUGUUUGUGAUCUAGUUUGUAAUCUUUAAAUAAAUACCAGGUGGCCUCUAAAGUCCGUUGAUGCACAAAAAUCUUUAACAUGCAACAAAUCUCGUGCAGAAAAUACUUAAUUCUAAUGUAAAAUUUGCACAUAAAGACAAAUCUAGUUCUAUACACAGUAAUUGAUUUUUUAAACUAAACUUUAAUACCAAAUAUAUCUACUAACCACUUUAUUGUGCAUAUAUACUGUCGAAGACGCUCUGUCUUCAUGGAGUAAGCGUAUAUUUUUUUUACGGUGUGUUGUUUGAAGACAUUCCUAGUUUGCUGCUAUCUCAGCUGAAGUUUUACGUUUUCAAAAUUUUAUGAAAAUCUUCAAUACUGUCGGUAUAUAUUUGUAUUUAUGGAAGACAUCCAUAUGCUGUGAAUGUGAAUGCUGCAAUCUGUUGUGAUCAGGUGUGUUCGAUCCACAGUCUGUAUAGAAAGAUGGACGACGCCUCUCCACUUCAUCCCACUGUACAAAAGUGAAGCCAAAAUAUCUGAAAUCCAACAUACGAGAGGAAUGAACACCUAGACAAACAUCGGUGUGAUAAGAACUAAUUAAAAAGACACAAACCGUCUUUGAUUACAUUUUUUAUAAAUGUUUAUUUGGACUUUUUAGUUUGGUCCAUGUCCCAUCCACUAAUAUGAAGUAGGCGGGGUUUACUACCUUUACUACAGCCAGCCACCAGGGGGCAAAUCGAAACCAUUUGGCUUCACUUUUUGAGUGCGUCCAUGUCGUCCAUCUUUAUAUACAGUCUAUAGUUCAAUCAUGUGAUUUAAAAAACCACUAAACAAUAUCAUCAACAGGUUUAAAGACUGUAGUGAAGUAUGUAACAUGCACAAUGUGCACACAGUGUCUUACGUAAAGUCAGAAAAUAUCAUGUCAAGUUGCUCCAUUAGAAACUAUCCUCUAAUCUGGCUUGUCGUGAGACCAGAGUUUGUGUGUGAGCAGCCAGUGCUGUGUUGCGUAUAAUCCCCCACAAUCAUUUCCAUUAAUGGCUCACUGACCUUUGUAAUGUUUAACUUGAAAAGGGCCUUUUUUUCCUGAAGAGUUGCUUCUCUGUGCCACAUGGAGUUUGGUGAAGAUUUUGAGUAUUUCUAAAUUUGGGUGAAGUAUUUUGAAAGUUUUUCAUAAACCAGUCACAGCAUGGGAGACGAUUUUUCAUGGGUUUGUGUUGUAUCCGUUUAGAUUCAGAGGAAGCUGGGUGAGACAAAUCAUCAAAACACAUGGUUCAGUACAAUAAGUAAAAGCAACAUUUAUGGGAUUUUUCGCAGCUUACAGAUACUGGCUUUAAUGGUAAUAGUUUGAUGUUUGGUUUUAAAAAUGGAGGUUUUACCAAAUCUAGACCAAUAAGUCAAACAUUCUCCCCAUUAAAGGUUCAGUGUGUAGAAUUUAGUGGUGAAGUUCCAUGUUGCAGCUGAGUGUCCCUCACCUCACCCUCCCCUUCCAAGGUGUGGCAGCUUUUAGUUGUGAUUAAAAACUCAAAUGUUUUUUAGUUUUGUCCAGUUUGGACGACUGUAAAAACCAUGGCCUCCUCCAUAGAGAGGACCUGCUCCCGAUGUAUAUAUAAAGUAUUUAAAUACAAAGGGCCCAUUAGUUGAUUACACACUGAAAACAUCACUAGGGUUAUUUUAUAUUCAAUUUCUGCCAAUAAAUCCCUUUCACCUAAAUCUUACACACUGAACCUUUAAAUAUGUACGAAGCCACUCUUGCAAAUGAUGAAAUAACAGAAGCUGGUUUGUCAUAUGUCCUACAUUUCUUAUUCGGAUACCAAAUGCAAUAGAGUGAUUCAAAAUAAAUGAAAGUCCCCAAACCUUCCUCGCCUCUGUGCACCCUGACUGUAAUCUCAGUGGCCUAACACUGCAGAGGGCACCUAGAUUAGGUUUGCGCAGCACAUGGUGUGGGUGUUCUAGGUGACCUUCUGUUUAAAUCCAAACUGUUAUUCGAUAGUGCACAGUGGUCUACAGGUGCAGCUGUUUUCAAAUGACCUCCAUCCCUGGUUGAAUAAGAAAAAAGGAACUGCAUCGCCCUUGUGCAGCCUUUUCCGUCUCUUUCUUGACUUGAGAAAGAACAUUGUGUAUUUCUCCUGUGUUGACAUUCACAGAUAAUCAGAUACAUGUAUUAUCAUUGUUUAAAAUAUAAGUGCUAAUGAUGUUAAACAAACCUUCAACCAUAUUUUUGAUAUAAAUGUUCUUCGCUGUACCUUUUACUGUUGGUUGUUAUAUGCUUUUUCAAUCGGAAUAUGUUUAUUUCAGUUUAACUUAAGAUCCAUUUUUGUUCCUCUGCUAAAUUAUUCCUUGUAUGUCAUCCUACACUGUUUCCCUCGUCCAUCUCAGUAAAAUCUUUUAAAUGUUAUUUCAAGUCGUGUGUGAAAUCGUGGAAAAACCCGUCUUCUGUUUAAAUGCUAAAUCUGGACUUUUACUGUAACCGAAUCAUUCGCUGACGAAAAUUCCUCUCGUAAAAUGAAUCAGCGUCAGUGUGGUAGCUAUUUGAAGACUGUAGCUAAUUUCUUCAAUCCCGCAUCGAGGCCAAAAACAUUAAAAGGCGACGAAAAGACUGUCUUGGAAGUUUAUUGAAAACAAAGGCCCUGACUGGUCGCGUACGCCACAGUCAUUUCCUCAGUUUCCAUCUCUUUGAAACACUGCUGAAAUAAAACCCACUUCUUUUCAAGUGUUUUAAAAGAA